AGCGGGAGCACAGGGGCUGGCUGGGCCGCGCCUGAGGCCGACGCAACGGGGCCGGGGGGCGGCGGCGGCGGCAGCGGCGGCGGCGGCGAGGGUGUGCGCCGUGGCUGCCCCGGGUGGAUGGAGUUAGAGGGGAGGGGUGCUGGCGGUGUGGCGGGGGGGCCGGCGGCUGCGCCGGGGCGGAGCCCCGGGGAGUCGGCGCUGCUGGAAGGGUGGUUGCAGCGGGGCGUGGGCCGGGGGGCCGGCGGCGGGGAGGCCGGGGCCUGCAGGCCCCCGGUGCGGCAGGAUCCGGACUCCGGCCCGGACUACGAGGCGCUGCCGGCGGGAGCCACUGUCACGACGCACAUGGUGGCGGGCGCCGUGGCAGGCAUUCUGGAGCACUGCGUGAUGUACCCUGUCGACUGCGUCAAGACCCGGAUGCAGAGCCUACAGCCUGACCCUGCAGCCCGCUAUCGCAACGUGUUGGAGGCUCUCUGGAGGAUUAUAAGAACCGAGGGCCUGUGGAGGCCCAUGCGGGGGCUGAAUGUCACAGCAACAGGCGCAGGGCCUGCCCAUGCCCUCUAUUUUGCCUGCUACGAAAAAUUAAAAAAGACAUUGAGUGAUGUAAUCCAUCCUGGGGGCAAUAGCCAUAUUGCCAAUGGUGCGGCCGGGUGUGUAGCUACAUUACUUCAUGAUGCAGCCAUGAAUCCAGCUGAAGUGGUCAAGCAGAGGAUGCAGAUGUACAACUCACCUUACCACCGGGUGACAGACUGUGUACGGGCAGUGUGGCAAAAUGAAGGGGCCGGAGCCUUUUACCGCAGCUACACCACCCAGCUGACCAUGAACGUUCCCUUCCAAGCCAUUCACUUCAUGACCUAUGAAUUCCUGCAGGAGCACUUUAACCCCCAGAGACGAUACAACCCCAGCUCCCAUGUCGUAUCCGGAGCCUGUGCAGGAGCUGUAGCUGCCGCCGUCACAACCCCACUGGACGUUUGCAAAACACUGCUCAACACGCAGGAAUCCCUGGCUUUGAACUCAAACUUCACAGGACAUAUUACAGGCAUGGCUAGUGCCUUCAGGACGGUAUAUCAAGUAGGUGGGGUGACCGCCUACUUCCGAGGGGUGCAAGCUAGAGUAAUUUACCAGAUUCCCUCAACAGCCAUUGCGUGGUCUGUGUAUGAGUUCUUCAAAUACCUGAUCACUAAACGGCAAGAAGAGUGGAGGGCAGGCAAGUGAAGUAGCACUGAAUGAAGCCGGGGGUUCAGACACCACUGCUGUGCCCUGCUCACUCCAGCCUCAGUCUCUGUCUCCUGGCAUUCUCCAGCCUUGAGUGGAGUUGGAAGGAAAGUAGAAGGCUCUCCCCAGGCUGCUGGUGUUUUGGCUAACACCAGUUACUGCCAACCUCCAAUGCGCCACCUUUCCUUCCAGGCCCUAAGCAAGUGCAACAAAGCACACGCAGCACCUUGGACAACCUCUCCAUCCUGGGCCUGAUGACCUGCUCUCGACUGUUAGGGAGGGAUAAGCAGCUCAACCCGCCGAUUCCUAAUAAAGAAACGUUUAAGUUAAA